CUCUUCGCCUUUUUGGAAGUGGGUUUCAACUUCAAAAAAAAAAAAAAAAAACCAAAACUUUCUCUCAUGCCACCCUUUUCUUUCACUUUCUCUUCCUUUCUUAGCUUCAAUCCCAUCAAGAAAAGAAGAAAAAAGAAGGGAUUUUUAUUUCCAUACAAAUGAAGCUCUAUCUUUAUACCAUUUUGAUUCUAAUAUUGGUGAUGAUAAACCAUGGAAGCUGUGAUUCAACCAUUCAUGUUGGUCAUAGGGUAAGCUUAGCAAUCCCUUUGGAAUACAAUGAUGGGUUCAUUGGUAGAGCUUUUCUAAUGGACUAUGGUGAUGAUACUAAGCAAAUAGAACCAAGUUUUAGAGUUGCAUUAAGCACUGAAGCUAACAAAGGGAAAUAUUCAUGUUCUUUAGAGGUUUUUCUUGGUGAUGUUAAGGUAUGGAAUUCUGGUCAUUACUCCAAGUUUUAUACCUCUGAUGUAUGCUUCCUUGAACUUACUGAAGAUGGAGAUUUACAGUUGAAGGGUCCUAAAAAUCGGAUCGGUUGGCGAACUGGUACUUCGGGACAAGGUGUAGAGAGAUUACAAAUAUUGAGGACUGGUAAUUUGGUACUUCUUGAUGUUUUGAACCAGAUAAAAUGGCAAAGUUUCAAUUUCCCAACUGAUGUAAUGUUAUGGGGACAAAGAUUAGAUGUAUCUACUUGGUUAACUUCUUUCCCAAGGAACACAUCAUCAUUCUACACAUUUGAAAUCUUAUACAACAAGGUAGCUCUUUUUUUAAAUUCUGGUAGGUUGAAGUAUUCUUAUUGGGAAUUUAAGCCUUCCAAGAAUAGAAACAUCACAUUUGUUGAAUUGGGUUCUAAAGGGUUAGAGUUAUUCGAUGAUAAACAUAAAAAAAUGGCACAGAUUAUUGCUUCAUGGAAGGUUCAGCCAGUGAGGUUUUUAGCACUGGGGAAUAGAACUGGGAAUUUAGGGAUUUACUUUUAUUCACCAACCACCAGAAAAUUCGAGGCUUCAUUUCAAGCCCUUAACACCACUUGUGACCUACCUUUAGCUUGUAAGCCUUAUGGUAUAUGUACAUUCUCCAAUUCUUGUUCAUGCAUAAGGCUUUUAACAAAGAAAAACCAUGAGGUUUCCGAUUGCAACCAAAGGGUUCCAAGCCGUUUCUGCGGCGGAGGAACAACUCAAGUCGAGAUGCUUGAAUUGAACGAUGUUGUUACAGUACUCAAAGAUGCUCCUAAAAGGAUCAAUGUUACCAAGACAACAUGUGCGAAUCUGUGCUUGAACGACUGCAAAUGCGUUGCUGCGUUACAUUCCUACGGAGAUUACGGUGACCCAAGCUCCGAACAAUGCUCGCUUUUCCAGCUUGUUGCAGGUAUCAAACAAGUUGAAAAAGGGUUAGGGUUGAGUUACAUGGUGAAGGUUCCAAAAGGGACAAGUUACCAUCAUAACAAUCCUAGUGUUAAGAAAUGGGUGUUGAUUGUUGUGGGAGUGGUUGAUGGCUUGAUUAUCAUAUUGGUCUUGGGUGGCCUUGUUUAUUAUUUGGUUCAUAAAAGAAGAAACAACUUACAAGGUACUAACAAUGAUACUUGAUGAUUACCAUGUGAUUCAUUUUUGUUCUUUAUACGGAUUCGUAUGUGUCUGACACAGAUAUGAAAGUACUCGUGUUUUGAAUAAUUAAUUUUUAUUUUUUUUGGAA